GCCAAGCAGUCAGUUGUAUUUUGUCAAAUAAAUGCACCCAGUGGUGUCAUAAUGCUGAGCUCGAUUGCUCGUAAGCGGCUCACGCGUCGUUCGCCGCAAUAUUGUACGGGGCUCGUCUCACUGCGUGGUAUGCAUUCCUUUCUUCGACAAAGCCAGUUAUACCUUUGAUAUAAUAUGGUGCAUUACGAGUAUAGGUAUCCAGAUACUAUACUGACGUGCUUGUUCGCCCUCCUCUCCCCCAAAGUGAAGCUCACACGCAUUUCAAAUUGGCUCGGAUAGUCGUUGCGCAAACGGAUUCCCUGAAAGCUAAUUGAAAAGCAACCAUUCAUGACUCACGUGGAAAAGUACCAAACCAGAGCGAAGAUUUUCUUACGCAACUAUGCCUUCACUAACAUUUGUAUGUAUCCAAUAAACGUUGCUGCCCAGUUACUUAGCAUUUCAUGCUUCCCUGUACGAAUGAUAAACACGGUGGGUCCAAUACACACGGAGUGAUGAGGCGCUGUUACGAUGGUAAUUAUUGUGUGCGCACACCGCUGCUGGAGUGCCCUCGGGCUCAUGCCGCAUUGUGUUCAUUAGCCAUACCAGGAACGCCAUCAGGUAUUACGUCACUUUUCAGUAACGACGAUGUUUGGUCGCGCGGCCCCUUAUCCUUGCCGGCUGCAAUCAAUUCUUCGAUUGCAUAGCGGCCCCCAUACCUUAGCAACGCCCCCAAACACACGGUGUGUCCACGUUAUUCGGCGCAUUUGAGCGUCCCGCCGUGGGUCGUUACAUGCCGAUCCCGUGUCAGCGACCGUACCGACCGCUCGGCCCCGGAGGCAUCCACGGGCCGCCGCACUAGCCUCACCGGGCACCGUGGCAGGAGGACCCGCGCUUCCGUAGCUCGACCGGGUCCCGUGCCUUGUCCGCCUGAGGGUACUUCGGACGCCGCACGUCAGUUUAUAAGUCUCUGUCUCCCCUCUUCGGCAUCAUGCGUGAGGUCAUCAGCGUGCAUAUCGGCCAGGCCGGCAUCCAGAUGGGCAACGCCUGCUGGGAGCUCUACUGCCUCGAGCACGGCAUCCAGCCCGACGGCCAGAUGCCCUCAGACACCAGCGUUGGCGUCGCCGACGACAGUUUCAACACGUUCUUCUCCGAGACCGGCGCCGGCAAGCACGUGCCGCGCGCUGUGUUCGUGGACCUGGAGCCGACGGUGGUAGACGAGGUUCGUACUGGCACAUACCGCCAGCUGUUCCACCCGGAGAACCUGAAAAGCGGGAAGGAGGAUGCUGCCAACAACUACGCACGUGGCCACUACACCAUCGGCAAGGAGCUCAUUGACCAGACAGAGGAUUCAAUUCGUAAGAUGGCAGACCAGUGUUCCGGAUUUCAGGGUUUCCUCAUCUUUCAUUCGUUCGGUGGCGGCACUGGCUCUGGCUUCACCUCCCUGGUGAUGGAGAAGCUUUCACUGGACUACGGAAAGAAGGCGAAGCUGUGCUUCUCCAUCUACCCGGCGCCGCAGGUGGCCACGGCUGUGGUUGAGCCUUAUAACGCCAUCCUGUUCGCUCACACCACGCUGGAGCACGCCGACGUCGAGUUCAUGAUGGACAACGAGGCCAUCUACCAGCUGUGCCAGAAGAACCUGGACAUCGCGCGUCCGACGUACACCAACCUGAACCGGCUGAUCGGCCAGAUCAUCUCCUCCAUCACCGCCUCGCUGCGCUUCGACGGCGCGCUCAACGUCGAUCUCAACGAGUUUGAAACGAACCUGGUGCCGUACCCUCGCAUCCACUUCCCGCUGGUCACCUACGCACCGGUCGUAUCGGCGGAGAAGGCGCAGCACGAGAAGUUCACCGUAGAGGAAAUCACGAGGUCCUGCUUCGAGCCGGAUAACCAGAUGGUGAAGUGCGAUCCGCGCGACGGCAAGUACAUGUCCUGUUGCCUGCUGUACCGCGGCGAUGUCGUGCCCAAGGAUGUCAACGCCGCCAUCUCCGUCAUCAAGAACAAGAAGACGAUCCAGUUUGUCGACUGGUGUCCGACCGGCUUCAAGGUGGGCAUCAACUACCAGCCGCCGACCGUGGUGCCCGGCGGCGACCUGGCCAAGCUACAGCGCGCUGUGUGCAUGCUCUCCAACACCACUGCCAUCAAGGACGCCUGGGCGCGCCUGGACCACAAGUUCGACCUCAUGUUCGCCAAGCGCGCCUUCGUGCACUGGUACGUCGGCGAGGGCAUGGAGGAGGGCGAGUUCUCCGAGGCGCGCGAAGACAUCGCGGCGCUGGAGCAGGAUUACGAGGAGGUAGCGCAAGACGGUGAUAUUGAUGAAGAAAUUGAGGAUGAGUACUAACUCAGCAGCUGAAGAAAAACUUGAGCUAACUAUUUGUGACUGCGUGAAGUCAUGAAGCUUUGUUUCUCACGUGAAUAUUACACAUCUAUCGUAUGGUGUCAAAUAUAUUUGACCCAGCUUUGUUGGUGAAACGAAAAAUAUACAUAAGCU